AUGUUUCCUACACGGAUGGGUAUCUCGACCUGUUGUCUCCUGUCGGCAGCAGCAGCAGCAGCAGCAGCAACAGCAACAGAAACAGAAACACUCGCCUGUAGUACUCCUGCAGCAGCAGCAGCAGCAGCAGCAAGAGCAACAGCAGCAGGAAGCUUCGGGCCCGCGGUGUUAAGGUGGAUUUGCUUCAACAGGCAGCCGCAGCAGCAGCAGCAGCAGCAACACCAGCAGCAAAUAGCGGCUGCCUUCCUACUUGUCGGCCCCAGCAGCAGCAGCAGCAGCAGCAGCAGCAGCAGCAGCAGUAGGGGGAGAAGCACCCUUCUUCGCAGCAGAAGCAGCAGUAGCAGCAGCAGUUUGAGCGAGCGCAUCACCUACAGCAGCUCCAGCAAGCACGGCAGCAGCAGCAGCAGCAGCAGCAGCAGCCGCAGCAAGCGGCGGAGCAGCAGCAGGAGCAGCAGCAGCAGCCGCUGGUAUACAACAGCAAAAAAGCAGCAAAUUAAAUCGGGGCGUCUGCAGCAAUCCAUCAGAACAAUACUACAAAGAUAUCUGUCUAGACACUCUCAUCGGUUUAUACCCAGCGGUCCUCACAGCUGGGAGAGUGAGGCGGUGUCUCUGUCUCUGAAUGAAGCAGCAGCAGCAGCAGCAGCAGCAGCAGCAGCAGGAGAUGAGGAUGGGGACGCAGCCGACAUAACAGCAGCAGCAGAAGAAGCAUCAGCAGCAGCAGCAGCAGCAGCAGAUGCUGCUGCUGCUGCUCCCUCAAGCAUAGAUGUUGUGUCUGUGCAGCUUCAUAAGGGUAAUGAAGUAGCAGACGUGCAGCUGGCGAUAGACGGAGACCCAGCGCAGCAGCGCCACGUGUUUGCUGCUGUGGAGAGGAAGGUGGGGUUGCUGCGAGCUGAAGUUGCUGCUGCGCUGCAGCUGCGGCGCUCUCCUUUGCUGCGUUUGUCUCUUUGUAAUCUUGAUGAGACUGCUAGGCUGUUCUCGCUGCUGCAAGCCAUGGAGACAGACGAGCAGCAGGAGGAAGAGCAGCAGCAGCACGAACAGCACAAGCAGCAGCAGGAACAGCAGCAGCAGGAGGAAGAUCAGCAAGACAUAAAUGAAAUAGAAGCAGAAUUGCAGCAGCAGCUGCUGCACCAGCAGCUGCUGCAGCAGAGACGACGGCGGCAUUAA